CCUGGACUGCCAUGCUCACUGCGUAUGCGGAGAAUGGCGAAUUCAGCUUGGCACGCAAGGUGUUCGAUGAAAUUCCCCAACGAAACGUAGAGUCCUAUAAUGCGAUGAUGACUGCUUAUAUUUGGGGCCGAGGCGCGGAUGUUCGACGAGGCUGAGAGGCUAUACUGUAGUUUGCCGAUUAAGUGGCAAGAGCCGGUUUGUUCGAAUGUGCUGCUAAAUGGGUAUUUAAAGGCGGGGAGGAUUGAAGAGGCGGUGAGAGUUUUUGAGGGAAUGUCAGAGAGGAAUGUAGUUUCGCAGAGUUGUAUGAUUGAUGGUUAUUGCAAAAUGGGAAGGAUUGUUGACGCUAGAAAUUUGUUUGAUACGAUGACAGAGAGGAAUGUGGUUACUUGGACUGCAAUGAUUGAUGGGUACAUGAAGAAGGGAAUGUUUGAGACAGGUUUUGAAUUGUUUCUAGAUAUGAGAAGGGAGGGGAAAGUGCAGGUCAAUUCCACUACCAUGGCCAUUAUGUUUAGAGCUUGUGGCGGUUUUGGCAGAUGUGGUGAAGGGAUUCAGAUGCAUGGGUUAGUUUCUCGAAUGGGAUUCGAUUAUGAUGUCUUUUCAGGAAAUUCUCUUAUCAUUAUGUAUUGUAGGUUUGGUUUUGUAGAUGAAUCUACUAAGAUAUUAUAUACAAUGAGCAAGGAAAAUGUAGUUCCCUGGAAUUCUUUAAUUGCAGAGUAUGUUCACUGUGGUGAAAUUGAAGUAGCUUUUAAACUGUUUGAGAUGAUGCCUGAAAAGGAUGUAGCUUCAUGGACGACCAUGAUCUCGGGAUUCUCAAGCAAGGGCUUGACUAAGAAAGCCAUCCAGAUGUUUUUGUUGAUGCCGGAGAAGGAUGAUUUUGCUUGGACUGCUCUGGUUUCAGGUUUUGUAAAUAAUGAGGAAUAUGAGGAGGCUCUCUGUUGGUUUAUCAAGAUGCUUCGGACCACAAUCAGGCCUAAUCCACUUACUUUGAGCAGUGUUCUCAGUGCUUCUGCCAGUUUUGCUGCUCUAAAAGAGGGUAUGCAGAUCCAUUCUUUUUCACUGAAGGUAAAUAUGGAAUGUUAUUUAUCUGUUCAAAAUGCUCUGGUCUCAAUGUAUUCGAAGUGUGGGAAUGUCAUUGAUGCCAAUCGGAUCUUCACCAGUAUCUUUUCACUAAAUACUGUUUCGUUCAACUCCAUGAUUACUGGCUUUGCUGAAAAUGGUUUUGGUGUAGAAGCCCUGAACUUGUUUUGGACCAUGCAGAACAAAGGUUGUGAGCCAAACCACAUCACGUUUCUGGGUGUUCUUUCAGCUUGUGUCCAUGUGGGAUUACUACAAGAAGGAUGCCAGUUUUUUAAAUCGAUGCGGUCAUUACACAGUAUGGAACCAGGACCGGAUCACUAUGCUUUCAUGGUUGAUCUCCUUGGACAAUCUGGCUUGCUCGAUAAAGCUGUCAAGUUAAUUCAUUCAAUGCCAUUUGAGCCCCAUGCUGGGGUUUGGGGAGCUCUUCUUGGUGCUAGCAGGGCUCAUUUACGUGUUGAUCUUGCCGAGCUUGCAACUCAGCAUCUGAUCAAAUUGGAGCCUGAUAAUGCAACCCCUUGUGUGGGGGGUUUGUCCAGCACAUAUUCUACUUCAGGGAAAGUGGACGAUGGAGACCAAGUGAAAAUGGCCAAAUAUUCAAAACGGAUAAGGAAGAGUCCAGGCUGCAGCUGGGUUACAUUGCAGGAGAUCAAUCGUAUUCCCAUCACAGCUUCCUAGUGAUUGAAGUAAUUCUCUGGAUCACAACAAUGGAAAUGGGACAACUAGCUGGAUCGUCCAAAUGUGAUCAAUCUUUGAUUUCUGCAUCAGUUAAACUGCAGAGGUCUUUGCCAUUGGAUCAUCUCAACGAUCAGGGGUUUGCCAGACCCAACUUUGCCUUUGCUUAUUAGUUAUUUUAAGUGGAGCAUGAAGGCAAUUGAGGGAUAAAAUCCCAUUUUGAAAGGACUACCAUUUCAAGUUCUGUAUCGAAUUCAUGUAAACAAGGUAAUAAUAAAUAGAAGAGAUGAUUGUCUUUAUUC